UUCCCGUGAGUGGACGGAAGAAAAUGGCCGCGGCCGCUGAGGACUCACGUGCGAGCGCGGGGAAGAAGUCGAAACAUUCUCUGAAGAGGAAGAAAAAGAUGAAAGCGGCGGCCAGGUCUGUCGAGCGGGCGCCGGGAGACGAGGCCAAAGGCGCGUCUGACAGCGAAGGAAGCUGUGGCUCAGAAGUGGAUUACUUCUCUGAUGAUGGUGCAGUGGAUGCUGACAGUGAGGACAGCCUUAAGACCUGUGAGGAAGAAAAUGGAAGCCCUGAGGAGCCCAGCACUGGGACUAACGCCGGCUGGGCAGAUGCCAUGGCUAAGAUCAUUAACAAAAAGACUCUUAAAAGUAAAUCCACUAUUCUCAUCAAAAAUAGAGAACUGGAGAAGGAGCAAGAGAAGUUAAAACAAGAAAGACUGGAGAGAAGAAAGCAGCUUGAUAAGAAGCGGGAGUGGGAGAUGAUGUGCAGAGUGAAGCCAGAUGUUGUCAAAGACAAAGAAACAGAGAGAAACCUUCAGAGAAUUGCAACUAGAGGUGUGGUGCAGUUGUUUAAUGCUGUUCAGAAACAUCAAAAGAAUGUUGAGGAAAAGGUUAAAGAAGCAGGAGGCUCCAUUAGAAAACGUGCUAAGUUGAUAUCAACUGUGUCCAAGAAAGAUUUCAUCAGUGUUCUGCGAGGAACAGAUGGAAGUGCAAAUGAGAAAGGUUCAUCUGGAAAGAACCCAAAAGUCAAGAGUCAAGUGAAAUCGGAAGAAGGCCCAGGAUGGACAAUUCUUCGUGAUGAUUUCAUGAUGGGAGCAUCUAUGAAAGACUGGGACAAAGAGAGUGAUGGGCAGAUAACGGCAGACCAGAAGUGACUGAUGCCUAGAGCCAUGUAGGAAACAAACUUAACCAGCAUUUCUGAGAAAAAUACUUCAUCCUCUGAUGACUGGGAAUCACAAGGAUAACAUUUGCUAAAACUUUUAUGGUUUUUUUUUUUUUAAAGACAGCUGCAAUAUUCCUUCUUUACUUGCAAAUUUGUUUAGAGCUAUAUUUUAAACCUUUAUAUUGAGCAUUUUUCUUCAAAAUGUGUCCAAAGAAACACUUCUUUUUGAACAGCAAUAUAUGUAUUUUGGUGGGAUCAUUACACAUUGGUACAUUUGACCAUGUGUCUUACUUGUUAUAACAUCACCAGUGUUUCCAGAAAUACAAUGCCAGUUCAUAAUUAAAUUGAUAUUUUGAAGUUUA